CCUGCAAGAGUCAGGCACAGUCUCAAAGCCAGGUGUGUACUGACCAACCAUUCAUACUGGAAUAUAGACAGUCCUGUGUUCUGCUUUAGUAAUAUAAACACAGUCUCAAAGCCAGGUGUGUAGUGACCAACCAUUCAUACUGGGAUAUAGACAGUCCUGUGUUCUGCUUGUAGGCAUGCAGGAUUUUAGCUGUUGUCAUAUUUUGUCAUUAGACAGUUUAAUUGAUAAUUCACCAGCAUUCCAUGUAACAUUGAAUAAAUACAUUAGAGUAGUUACUUUGGUUAAUGGGCCAGUUUCCCAGACACAGAUUAAGUCUAGUCCUGGACCUUAAAGAACUUUCUAUUGAAACUUCCAUUGAGCAUGCUUUUUAGUCCAGCACUAGACUCAAUCUGUGUCCAGGAAACAGGCCCCAUAUGUAUUACUGACAUGCUUGUCCUUGUUCAGGACUCCACACACUGGCUUCAGAUUGAGCCCUUGACUUCCACUGUCCAGGGAGUGACAAUGUUCAGACACAGGACACCCAAAGGGAGUUAUGAGUGCACAGUGUCUGGGCUCCGCUGGCUGUGUGAGAGAGAUGUCAUUCUGAAGUAUCACUUCAGGAACUGGGAACCCUACAGUCAACUUCUGAAAUACAUGCAGUACACACAAGGUGGUCCAUUGCUGGACAUCACUGUGGAGUUAGGUGAACUGGAGGAAGUUCAUCUGCCACACUGUGUCUGUUUAGGGACCAACCCUUCCCUGAGGAAUGAGAUGAAGAUUCUUCAUGUAGAGGAACAUGGAGUGUCUUUAGAGGAAGUGCAUGAGGUCACCAGAUUCCAUGCUAAGAUUCUCCAUCCCAAGUUCUCAGCUAUCUCUCUGAUACUGAGAUUACUGUCUUGGAACAUAGAUGUCCACUGUGACGUGGUCCUCUAUUUGGCAGUAAAAAGGUCAACAGUAAUUUCAAGGCUGUACCUGCUCCUCAGAAACUCCAGUCAGAAAGAGGCUGUUCGGGAACGGGAGAAAGAUCAGAUGUCCCAAGGAUAUAAAGAAUUUCUCCUGCCAAGUCCAAACGGGCCCUUAAAGCUGAAAAGUUUGUUUGCGUUCAAGAAUCCCCGCUCCACUUCCAUCAAUCCAGAGAAGAUUCAGCUGUUACCUGCAGACACCACACCAAGCUGUUGUCAGAUGAUCAUGAGAAACACAGGGGUUGACAUUGAGAUGAAGUUAAUCGGGGAUGAUGAGAGGACAGUAUGGAAAUCAGUGGUAUCAAAAGACGUAUACAGCAACGAUUCUCAUCCAAUAUCAUUAAUACUCCUUGGGAUUCCUGCUGAGGAGUUUCUGAAGAAACACAGGCCUGAACUCAUUCAGCGAGCCAAAAACCCAAUGCCGAUAGCAGAUGUUCUGCGGUCAAAGGACAUGAUUGGUGAUGAAGAGUACUCCAGAAUAACAGCUGAAACAACUGAACAGGAGCGAAUGAGAGAACUACUGAAUGCAGUCCUCCCUAAAGGACCAGAAGUGAUGGGAGCUUGUCUCAAAGCUCUCAGUGAACAUGAACACCAUCUUGUUAAGUACUUGAGUGAAUCUAGCACCUAAUCUGAAGAUGCUGAGGCCUGUCUCCUAGUCUGUGGACAAAUACACUUCUUCACCUAAUCUGAAGAUGCUGAGGCCUGUCUCCUAGUCUGUGGACAAAGACACUUCUUCACCUAAUCUGAAGAUGCUGAGGCCUGUCUCUUAGUCUGUGGACAAAGACACUUCUUCACCUAAUCUGAAGAUGCUGAGGCCUGUCUCUUAGUCUGUGGACAAAGACACUUACAUGAUUGUAAAGGAAGACCCCCCUGAAAUGGACACAAAUUAAUGGGAACAUAUUGGCACUGUACGAAACAUAUGCACGGUGUCCAAUACCACUCAAAUGUACGGCAUUUCAUUCAAAGCUUAUGGCAAAUGUCAUAAGGCAAAUGCCAAGUGUCAUACAGCAAAAAUCCAAAAGAUGGCGAGCGCUCUCCACCGUAGAUUUUCAUAUUGCAAAUGCAUAUUAAGUCAAGACCCAAGAGUCAAAUUUUGAAAAUUAGAAUUUUUUUUCAAAAACUUAUCACCCCCCCUAAAAAAAAGCUUAAUGGACCGUUUUUCAAAAUUCUUUCGAUAUUUUUUUUCUUGUCAAUUAUACAUGUAUAAGAUCUGUAUGAACAUACUUUCGUCAUAUUUUAUUGUCAUAUAUAUAUAUAUUUUUUUUUACUUGUCCAUAAGUCCUAUGUUUUGUCCAUUUGCAAUAUGAUUUCAUAGGAAGUCAAAAGUCGAAGUCAGAAGUCAGUGAACCAUUGCCAAAUGCCAUAAGAAAUGUCCAAAUUCAAUAUGAAAGUAUUGAAUGUGCCAAAUCAGGAUGUUUUGUCCAUUUGCAAUAUGAUUUCAUAGGAAGUCAAAAGUUGUAGUCAAAAGUCAGUGAACCAUUGCCAUAUGCCAUAAGAAAUGUCCAAAUGCAAUAUGAAAGUAUUGAAAGUGCCAAAUCAGGAUGUUAUGUCCAUUUGCCAUGUACGAUCAUAGGAAGUCAGUUUCCAAACCCAAAAGUCAGUGAACCAUGUCCAAAUGGCAUUUAUACUGCCCAAACGAUAUAUAGCACUAUGUUAAGCCAUGAAUCAACCUAGAUGGUCUAUUUGUCAUGUAUGAUGAGGGAGAACUGGGACUCUGUUGUUUUUUAACGAUUUUUUAAAAAGUGUCCAAAAUGACCCUUUUGGAUGGGCACGGGUGGGGGGUGCUCCCAACCCAACCAUAGACCCCUUGCUCCCCCCUAAAAGCAUUAAAAAGCAUUUUAAAAAUAUGCUCCUGGUAACCCAUUCCAUACACCAGGUGCACGGCUGUCCAUUUGCAACAUGUUUCAAUGGGCUUUUACCAUCACAAAUUUGACAUGCUCAAAGCUCCUGCAGAAAUGCUAAAUUGACUGUCCCGAUGAACUCGGGAUUGCCGGGCAGUGAUAGUGGUUCCUCUCCAUUGCUCGAUGGUGACAUGAGAGAAGUGGGACACUGUCAUUUUUUUACGAUUUCUUGAAAACGUCCAAAAUGACCAGGCACGACCCCUGUUGGAUGGGCACGGGUGAGGGGUGCUCCCUACCCACCGUGGACCCCUUGCACCCCUUAUAAAGGCAUUAAAAACAAUUUUAAAAAUGUGCUCUUGGUAACUCGUUCCAAUCACCAGGCGCACGGCUGUCCAUUUGCAAUAAUUUUCAAUGGGCAUUUACCAUCACGAAUAUGACAUGCUCAAAAAUACUGCAGAAAUGCUAAAUUGACUGUCCCGAUGAACUCGGGAUUGCCGGGUAGUGAUAGUGGUUCCUCUCCAUCGCUCGUUGGUCUUGAUUUCAGAAUGUCAAUUUGGUGAUGGUCUAUCACGGUUUAAACGUAUUGCAAAUGGACACAAGUCAGCCAGAUAAUCACCGUCCAUCAGUCAAUUAGAUAUCAUUCUGAAACCAAACUGAUACAAACUGACACCACACCCACUUUUUCCAACUUGUUUAGAAGCCAACUAUCACAUAUUUUAGAGCAGGCCCAAAAUUCACAGCUCCUUUUGUUUAAAGCAUAAUAAAAACAUAAAUCACGUAGUUACGUUCUAGUUGCGGGUCCAGUUCUGACAUUAUGUGUAGGCUUAGCUGAAUCCCAAGUUUCAGCUCGAUAGGUCAUUUGAAGCCCGAGCAGCAAUCUUAAUUGGUGCUGAAAAUCCACAUUUUCCGGGCGUUGCUACGGGGUCCUUGAAUGAGCUAUCGGACGGAAACGUUGGGGUCCGUCUCUAUGAGCCGAGGCGGUUUCAAUGCACCUAGUCUUGCGACUCUGGGACUUUUCUAAAUGUCGUAAUUUUCGUAAUGGUCAAAAUGAAUUGAAGUUAUUGAAAAUGUACGAGGCUGUUUCUCGGUCUGAGAACCUUCUAGAGCCACAUAACUCACCGUGCACUACCAUCUUGAACUCUAGAACAUGUUUCUAAAGUUCCAGAGCUCUAGGUCUGACGGUUCUUUGAUAGUUCGAAUGAAGGUAACUAUUGCAGGCUCUGUAUGUCUCUAAGCCGCACACUGUGUCACUCUGUCCUAGCUGUGUGUGUGUGUGUGAGCUUUUCUUGGAAAUCUGAUGGGAGAAAUUAUUGAUUUACAGUCCAUGAGGGUUACCUAGUCACACAUAUGAAGUUUUGAAAUGAUCUGACCUUUUUAACCCUUCUAAACAGCCUCAGGCACUUCCGGUUGACACAGGAAGCUGAAAGUGAACUUAUAUCCUCUUUGGGUUAGGCUCUUACAGAAUGUUGAGUUGUAAGUCUUUACGUUAAGAACUGACUUAUUUACAGAGGGUUGAAUGAUUGAGUGUUAUUUCAGAAAAUCACAGAAAUCACGUAGAGUUCCGAAACCCACCUUCACGGAUUCGUCUGAACAUGCCGCAACUGGAUCUGUAACUUAUUUGGGAGAAAAAAAACACAUUUCGUUGAGCAUCCCCAAUUGUACGAUUUCUCUUAAAUUACGAUAGAUAAAUGUCUGGUUAUUUUUUUCCUGACACCGUAGGUUCAUGUACUUUGACGUGAAGCGGUCAAAUUAGUGCUCUAUUUUGGUUUUUGACCUUUAUCCCAGAAAAAUGGCCUUAACUCAAAAAGCGUUGAGGCCUCGGCUCCAUCUUGUUCGGGGCUAACUGCCCAUUAUACCAAACCUAUGCUCACCAAGUUUCGUCUUCAAAGUCUUUUCCGUUUAGGAGAAAUGGCCAUGUUGUGAUUGGUGAUGUUUUGUACAUUUGCAAUAUGAUUUCAUUUGCCAUCUGGUGAUAUUUACCGGGACAGCGGAAAAAUGACCAAAAUUUGACAAUUUAUUAAAAGGGAAACCGGAUGUCCGAGAGACUUCAUUCGAUGACUUCCCGGAAGAUCUGGCACCGGUGCACGGCCCACCGCCGUUGGUGAAGUUUAGAAACAUUCGCGGACGUCUAGUAGAGGACCGUACAUUUGCAAUAUAGAGUUUCUCAUCAAUCAUACAGAAAAUGCCAAAAAGUGCCCUUCAGGUAUGGAAGGGAAAUUAUGUUUGAUAUUCUUUUAACAAAUUCUGUAUUUUAUUCAUGUGCUGUUCUAUAAACUAAUGUGUGUGUUCAUCAAGUGGCCGACUGUACAAACGCUCACUAUCAGUAUCUGUAAUUUGGCAGUAAGCCCAGAUGAUGUUUUGAGAACGAGAUAUCUCAGUUUCAAGGUCUCAGCUUAGAGAGAAGAAGACUGGUGAGGUGUUGGUCUGUCAAAUGCUAUGAACCAGUAUUGGUCGGUCACAUGAAUGGAACAAAACGGUAAUGAUUAAUUAAUUAUGCUAAAUCAUGCAAAUAUAACUUGUAUGUGUAUCGCCAUAUACAAGACAACUGCUGGGUCUGACCAGGGAGAGCUCCUGAUUGACAUGUGUACUAUGGUACAUUGAGUUGGGUAUGACCAGGGAGAGCUCCUUGUUGACAUGUGUACUAUGGUACAUUGAGUUGGGUCUGACCAGGGAGAGCUCCUGAUUGGUUGGAACCUCUCCAGCUCGCUGACAAUAAACACAGAUUUAUUUAAGAUUGA